AUGCGGCGUUCGCAGACCACAGACACCCAGCAGCGAGACAGGCGGCAAAAUGUCGUCUUUGCCUCCGAGCCCAACGUCGGCGGCUCCGUCUCGGGGCCCUCGCGCUCGUCCGUGUCGCCCAUGACAAGCACGGCCUCGCAGCGGCUCUCGUACAUGCGGCGUAUAUCCAUGUUAGAGGCGUCGCGGCACCGUCUCUCGAUUCGGAAGUCGGCAGCGUUCCCCAUGCAGCAGACGGCACCUAAGCCGUUUCUCUCCUCCUGCGCCGAUAUCACGCGGCACGGCAGGGACUGGAAUGCCGAGUUCCAGCUGGCGUGGGAGAUGGAGGACAGCACGAUCUCCCAGGCGGAGGUGCGCAUGGAGCAGCUGCGCCGCGUCGAGCGGGAGUUUGUGGCGGAGGCCACGUACACUGUGAAGCAAAUCGUGAUGCUGGACGACGAUGGCCCGCGAGAGCUGCCCAAGUUUCUGCAGUGCUACCGCGUAGACAACAUCUUCUUCCGCGUCCUCCCGGACAGUCGCUCGGGGCGCAACUACGUGGCGUCGCUCCGCGGUGUGCUGCAGAGCCGCACCAGCCUCCUGGCGGUGCCCCUCUCAUGUAUGUUCUUCUUCCGCGGCAUGCCGGUGCUGGCGCAGGCGCUCGUCCCGAUGCCGCGGGAGCCGACGCGGCUGUACGGCGCGGACUCCACCAACAACCAGGAGGUGGAGGCGGAGAUUUUG